AUGAGCUUAGUCGAUAUAUCAUGGACACGCUGCCUGGUUGCCGCAUCUGCGAAUUUGUUGCUAUACCACUUCCUGGCUGCAUUCGUCUCGCCUAGCUGGUCUCCGUUGAUCCCCAUCGUUCAGAUUGCCUGUGAACCCAUAUUCCAUCAUCUCGUGGGGGCUGAAAAAACCCCUCGCUAUAACAUGCUUGUCGCCCCCUUGCUGCAUGCUAGCAACUGUUUCGAAUGGGGGUUACGGCAAGUGGUUGAGGCCCCAAAGCUCGCUGUGGCGCCUUCAACAUAUCUCACAUUAAUAGUGACCAGCCGUCUUCUGCUAGACCUGCAUCUGUUGACGGUCUUCCGCUACCGCAAGGAUCUGCAAUGGGCCAGGAGACAUAUUCUAGUACCCACUCACAAUCUCGUUGGUUAUAUCAUCGCAAUACUAAAAAUGGACCCCAAUCAGCCCCCUGCACGACUGUACUUCUUCACAUAUCCCAGAACCGGGUCCAAUCUACUCACCCAGUUACUCGCCCUGGAGGAUCAGCCCAAUGUACACUGCCAGGACCAGCCCGAUAUUGAAGGAAUGCGUUUCUUCCUGCCGCUGCUAAAGCUGAAGAUCAGGAGCGGGCACUUGGGAACGAAUGUACAAGCGCUUCCAUCAGACCAAAGAGAAGAGCAAGUGCGGUGCAUAAAAGCUUGCUACAGCCGUCUACUUCAGCAUAUUCGAAACGCCGAGCGAGAGGAGAGAAUAGUCUGCUUCAAGGAUCACGCCCACUACAUCACCGAGCCAGUUGCAGAGACACGCCUGUUCCAUGGCGAGAACAGCGUGACUGACGAACUUCCUUGGACUUUACGAGGGCCGGAUGAGCUUGAACAGACCGGCUUCGGUCGCUCAGUCCUUAACGAAACCUUGUUUACCGACGACUUUCUAAAGACAUGGAAGCCUAUCUUUCUUAUCAAACACCCCGCGGCGGCAUUUCCCUCGUUUUAUCGCGCAUUGGUUGACACUGCGGGCUGCAGCUUUGUUGAAUCCGAUCAGGGCCGAAAGUUAUACCAGAAGGCCAUGGCCUUGCGGUGGGUAUACAAGUUGUACAACUUCUACUCUCAGCACUUUUCCAAUCUCUCUCGUGAGCAUGGAACUUGGCCUGUGGUGAUUGAGGCAGACGACAUUAUUACUCAACCUGAAAUCUUGGUCAAACUCUGCACGAUCACCGGCCUGGAUAGUUCGAGGCUGCGCUUUACUUGGGAAAGCCAAAGUCGCGAUGAGCCGCCGGAAUGGGAGGCAUUUCGGAGAACCCUUUGGAGAUCUACGAAGAUUGAUAAGUCUAGAGCUGUGGGGCAUGUUGACCUGGGCGAGGAGUCGGCCAAGUGGCAGCUAGAGUUUGGGGAGGUGAUUGGCCGCAGGAUCGAGAUGUAUGUGCGAGAGGCUAUGCCCGACUACCUAUUCCUGAAGUCGAAAAGACUUCGGAUUUGA